AUGACCAGGUUUGAAAAUAGCACCCGCUGUUUCGAUGAAACGGAACCUCGCGAGACAGAAGAGAUAGAACCACUGAAUUCCAUCGAGAAGCAACUCUACGAUGAUAUUGCCAAGAUUUUGCCUACACCCACAUGCGAGUGGACGGAGAGUGACUUUCCCGACUUGCCUAACCAUCCAGACAAUGUACUUACCGGUCUCCUGCAGGCUUAUUCACGUUUCCUCCAUCGGUUUGACACAUCCGGGAGAUGCGUGGAGGGUGAGGAUGCCUCAACGACUGCUCUCUCACCCGGAAGCAUUUUGGAACUGCUGUUGAAAAUCGGCAUCCUUGUGGGAGAUGUCAUUUUUGUCGCCUACGCUGUAAAAGUGCGGCGACAGGAAGCAGAGGCUGAUAUCACGCUUUUGUGGAUGUCCACCAUUUUCUGGCUCAUUCUACUCUGGUUAAUAUUCAAGCAUCUCAAAGUGCUGGGAAAGGAGCGCGGCGGCUGUUUUCACUUCUUCGUUUGCUUGGCGGACAGAUUUCUGAUGGUGGUACUGGGUCUUAUUACAGCGCUCUACCUAAUUUUCUUUGUCCUGAUGCGGAAUCCCAGAAAUUUUGUCUCCCUCAUUGGUAUUGUGGCAAUGGUCCUGAUAUGCAUGCUCAUUUCCGUUCAUCCAGCCAAGAUAAAGUGGCAACCAGUUCUGAUGGGCUUCUUUCUGCAAUUCACCUUUGCAGUCCUCACUUUGCAGACAAAGUUUGGAUACACUGUUUUCGAGUUUAUUGGGGCUCAAACUACUGCGCUCAUGGAUAAUAGCGGGGUCGGGGCGUCGUUUGUUUUCGGCGACCUCUUUCAGGUCGAAUGUUUUGCAAUCAAGGUUUUACCUUUGGUCGUGUUCUUUUCGUCAUUUAUUUCAAUAAUGUUUCACCUCGGGUGGGUUCAACAAUUCAUAAUACAACCAUCAAAUUUUAUUCGGCACAUAAUGGGAACCACGGGACCUGAGGCAAUCAACGCCAUCACAAAUAUUUUUCUUUCAAUGAAUGAGGCACCACUGCUGAUCAAGCCCUACAUGUCUCAAAUGACAAAUUCGGAAUUGCAUGCCAUAAUGGUGAAUGGCUUUGCUUCGAUUGCCGGACCUGUCAUGGUGGUUUACAUCACCUUUGGGGUCCCCGCAAAUCACCUCCUGAUUGCCUGUGUCAUGUCGGCACCGGCAGCUCUUGCCAUAGCAAAAAUUAUCUACCCGGAGACAAAACAGGCGCCCUUGGCCAAGGGCAUAAAGAAGACACUUCAUUCCAGCCCUUUCACCAAUCUUAUUGAGGCGGCAACGGUUGGCGCAUUGGAGGCGAUACCACUGUGUGCUGGUAUUAUUGUCAAUCUAAUGGCCUUUCUCAGCAUCUUCAGCGUUUUUAACCGCAUUCUGACCUGGCUCGGCCAUCGAAUCGGCAUGGCUCAGGAUCUCACUUUUGAGGGAAGUGUCUGCUUUGUGUUAAGGCUGUACACCGCGGAAUUGAUAUUUGCCUACUUACUUUGGCUCCUGGCGUUCGGAAUGGGGGUACCAGCAGAGGAUUGCUUUAAGGUUGGAGAGUUGGUUGGUAUAAAAACGGUGCUGAGUGAAUUUAUUGCCUUCAAGAGGUUGGGUCAACUGAUUGAGGAUUCCUCCGUUUACGACUCCUUCCAUAAUAAAUCUCUACCUGUCACAUAUUUGGCAAACGGUUCCAUCAUUAUCACGGAUGGUCUCAGCAAUCGAACCCUUCAAUACGGCUUUCUUCAUGCAACCGUGAUUUCAUCCUAUGCACUAUGCGGAUUCGCGAACGUUGGCUCAGUGGGCAUUCUCUUAGGCACAUUCAUUAAAUUGCUGCCUCACAGACGCAAGGAUCUCUCCGGUAUGGUUGUGCAUGGCAUGAUCGGAGGCACUAUUGCUGCCUUUGUUACUGCAUGCUUUGCUGAGGCGGAGGCUUCUGCCACUUGGCACCACGAAAGCUCACGUAAGCUAAGUUCAAUUUCAACGCUACGCCCUGUACCCUCGAUCCACAUUAAAGAAGUCGUGAGAGAAAUAGCCAUCAAUUUCGAUCAGAAAAUGGUACGAGGGGGGACUGUCCAGCCUGCAUCUUCCAUGAAUCCACGAGCGGAUGCUGAAGCCGUGGCUGAGGCUUUCAAAGGAAUGGGGUAUAAAAAGGAUGUAUUGUUGGAUAUUUUUACCAACCGAUCGACAUUUCAACGCAGUCUCAUUUUGAAUGCCUAUAAGGCGGGUUUCGGUGAGUCCUUGAAACAGAGAGUGAGGUCAGAGAUUAAUGGGGAUUUCAAAAUUUGCCUCCUCUCCUCCUUUGACGAUCAAAGUCAUGCCGAUGCCAGAGCGCUUUUCAAAGCCAUGUCAGGCAUCAGCACACACGACAAAACCCUCAUGGAGGUCAUUUGCACCUCCACCAAUCAGGAAAUUCGCGACAUCAAAUUAGCUUAUCAAGACAUAUUACAGGAGGAGAAUAAAGACAAUAAAACAAGAAACUUGGAGGGUGAUUUGAAGUCCUGCACAUCCGGCAACUUCCAGCGACUUCUAGUUGCGGUGAGCCAGGGAAGGCGCAGUGAGACUGUAGAUCCUCAAAUCGCCUCAAUAGACGCAAAGAUUCUCUACGAUGCCGGAGAAGGACGAAUGGGAACGGACGACUCCACAUUCAUUCGCAUAUUCGCCUCUCGAAGUUGGGAGAGCCUGCGAAAGACCGACGAGGUGUAUGCAGAGUCAUUUGGACAUGGACUGUAUGAGGCAGUGGAAAAGGAGACGCGGGGCAGCUUUCGGAGGGGUCUUCAGCUUAUUUUGGAGGCUGCCACUGAUCGAAUCAAAUGCUACGCAAAAAUACUCUACGACUCAAUGAAGGGAGUAGGCACUCGAGAUGAAACCCUAAUAAGGAUGAUAGUUGGACACUCCGAGACGGAUCUCGCUUUGAUUAGGCAUUACUUCAACGCAAAUUAUCCACAGACUUUAAGUGGAAUGAUUAAAGCGGAUACGCAUGGCGAUUACCAACAAUUUCUCCUCGCAAUCCUUCGAGAAUCGGACAGCUGA